UUAAUUAUUGAUUUAACCAAAAUAUUAUUUGUCGUUUUUUAAUGACAUUGACGUGACAUGAUAAUAUGUCAUAAUAAUUAAUGAUGUAACAUAAUAAUAUGACCACAUGUCAUUUUCACCAUCACAUUAACAUAGUGAAAGUUUUUUAAUUAAUGACAAUUAAUCAGCCAUUAAUUAUAAAUAUUAUUUUUUGAACUUAAUUGAAAAUAAUAAAAAUAGAAGGAUUUAUUUAAAUUUUUUAAAAUAAUUUAACAGUUUUAUCAGACAUUAUACCAAUAACCUUAUCUACUUAAAAUCAUUUUUCUCUUGUGCUGAAUUUGUUCCCUGCACUUAAGUUUUGGUUUUGUGUAUAAGCAAACAAAAUGGAAAACUUUCAUUUUUGGCCACUAAAAAGUCCGUGCUUUCCUUUUUCCUUACAUACUUUGAUACUCACAUUUUAAGUAAAAUUGAAAAUUUUAAAUAGAGUAAAGUCAAUUAUGAUAAUUUAACUGCAUUCGAGCAUUUGACUCAUUGAUUGGUGUAUUAUCCCAUUUUCAAAUCCCUCUUCCUUUAAUUAUAUAAAAAAAAACUAUAAUAAGUUAACAAAGACAAAAUUAGUGAUUAUAUUUUACAAUUGAUGGUUACUUGCUGACUGCUAUUAAAAUGUUUCGUCAUCAUUGGCCACACUAGAAUGAAAAGGUUCUGUGGAAUGCCAAUCAAGCAUUCAAGUGAUAUAAAUUUAGAAUCGUCAAAUGCAGCCUUAAGAUUCUUAAAUUAACAGUUUGUCGUAUUCAUAUAUGGGAUGAAGGCAUGUACAUUGGCAAUGCAAUUUCAGAAUGCAUGCCCUAAUUAGCUUUCCAUUUCAUUUUCGUCAGACUGACUACAAUAUUCUGUUAUGGCAGUUGGAUCGAGACCGAAAGCUCAGGGCGUGAUCUUCUACGAUGCCAAAGGAGUAAGGCACACGGCUUUCUUGAAAAAUAAGUCCAGGAGUGAGGUAAUUUCAUCAGCAGGAGCAAUUGGAAGUCCACAGUUGUUAAUGUUGAGCGGUAUUGGGCCCGCCCCUCAGCUGGAGGCGCUUGGUAUUCAGGUGGUGCUGAACCAUACUAUUGUGGGUCAAGGAAUGGCUGACAAUCCAUUAAACGGUCUCAUCAUUCCGUCUCCUGUGCCCGUUGAGCUCUCACUCGCUGUAAUUGUGGGCAUCACCAAAUUGAAUAAUUAUAUUGAAGCUGCCAGUGGAUUUGGUUUGUCUGCCCUUUUCGUCGCUCAAAGUCCUGCCAACUUCAAUAAGGUCAGAAAAAGCUUUAUGACAUCCCAAGAGGCAAUGGAUAAUUCACCAACGAAUCUUGGGUUUAUUGUGGAGAAGUUUAACGGUCCAAUCUCAGAGGGUUAUCUUGAGCUUCAAAGCACAAAUGUGAGUGACAGCCCUAAAGUCAAGUUUAACUAUUUCCAGGCAUCGGAGGACUUAAGGAAGUGUGUCCAAGGCAUGAAAACCAUCAUCAGCGUCGUGAAUUCCAAAUCAUACUCGAGAUUUCGUUAUAGCAACACAACAAUACAAGAUCUUCUAACCAUGAUGGCGAGCAUUCCGAUGAACCUGAGACCACAACGUCCUAAUUCUACAAUUUUAUUGGAACAAUACUGCAUACACACUGUCAUGACCUUUUGGCAUUAUCAUGGAGGGUGCCAAGUUGGAAAGGUUGUUGAUGGCGAUUACAAGGUUCUUGGUGUAGAUAGGCUUAGGGUUAUAGAUGGUUCUACCUUUAAUUUCUCCCCUGGGACUAAUCCUCAGGCUACACUUAUGAUGCUUGGAAGGUAAUGCUAUUAUUUAUUACCAUUUUUUUAUAUAUUUAGAAGUUUGAAUA